GCCAUCAACGUCGCAUUACAAGGCAAGAUCUGCACAUGGGACAACCGCAACCCGCGCAACACCGACCUGAGAGCCAAGCUGAAAGCACGUCUACCGGCGGAGACGUACGCCAAGUAUGAGCGCCUGGAGGCCUGCCAUACCAACAGCAUGGAGAGCUUCCCGCUCUUCACAGCAGUUAUCGUCCUGGGUAACAUCGCUGGGCUGAAGAAGGGGGACCUGACCGGCUUCACGGCGUACUUUUUGGCUGUGAGGAUUGCAUAUAUGACUGUGUAUGCUACGCACAAGACACAGGGGCCGACGGCGCUGAGAACGGGCAUUUGGUAUGUGGGUGUUGGAUUGUGCUUCAAGACGAUUGUUCAGGCUGCGAAGGCCAUGGGUGGACGUACGUAA